ACGUGUAUCCGUCCGUCCCGCGGCAUCAUAUCACAGCAGCAUCGCUCAUUUCUUAUCCGGGAGCCCCAGCUCCACCUUAACAAACCGAUGUCGGCUUUCAUGCAGUUUUUUUGCAUUGACGUCAACUGCAUACAGCACAAAACAGAGGCUUUCUUCAUGUAUCGUAUGCUUGAGUCAGAAUAUGGACAGAUAGCCAGACACUGGGACCAAUUUUAAACCAAUCUGACUGCGACAGCGGCUGAUUUAUCCCCCGUUACUCCGAGGAAGACACUGCGUCCAAGGAUACCCGCAACACGACCACCGUUGCCCAGAGUGCGGCCCAGGCAAGAGCCAGCGACCGCCACAUCAGGCACCAUGAUGGAGGGGGGCAUGCAGCUGCUGAACCGCGAUGGCCACAGCAUCUCGCACAACUCAAAGCGACACUACCACGACUCGUUCGUGUCCAUGAAUAGGAUGCGACAGCGUGGCCUGCUGUGUGACAUUGUGCUCCAUGUCUCCAACAAAGAAAUCAAGGCGCACAAAGUGGUGCUGGCAUCCUGCAGCCCGUACUUCCACGCUAUGUUUACCAAUGAGAUGUCGGAGAGCCGGCAGACCCAUGUGACCCUUCAUGACAUCGACUGUCAGGCUUUGGAGCAGCUGGUCCAGUACGCCUACACAGCAGAAAUUGUGGUCGGGGAAGGCAACGUGCAGACGUUGCUCCCAGCAGCCAGCCUGCUGCAGCUCAAUGGGGUGCGGGACGCCUGCUGUAAGUUUCUCCUCAGCCAGCUGGACCCCUCCAACUGCCUGGGCAUCAGAGGCUUCGCUGACACGCACUCCUGCAGCGACCUGCUCAAGUCAGCCCACAAGUAUGUACUGCAGCACUUUGUGGAGGUGUCCAAGACAGAGGAGUUCAUGCUGCUGCCACUGAAACAGGUGCUGGACUUGAUCUCCAGUGACAAUCUCAACGUGCCAUCUGAAGAGGAAGUGUACCGGGCUGUGCUGAGCUGGGUGAAACAUGAUAUAGAUGGUCGCAGGCAACAUGUACCUUGGCUGAUGAAGUGUGUGCGACUGCCGCUGCUGAGACGAGACUUUCUGAUGAGCAACGUGGACACAGAGCUGCUGGUGCGACACCACUCGGAGUGCAAGGACCUCCUGAUCGAGGCUCUCAAGUACCACCUGAUGCCUGAGCAGAGGGGAGUCCUCAGCAACAGCCGGACGCGCCCGCGACGCUGUGAGGGCGCCAGCCCUGUGCUCUUCGCCGUUGGUCAGUGUGCCCCUGAAGGUGGCGGCAGCCUCUUUGCUAUCCAUGGAGACUGCGAGGCGUACGACACCAGGACUGAUCGCUGGCACAUGGUGGCGUCCAUGUCCACUCGGCGGGCACGGGUGGGCGUGGCAGCCAUUGGGAACAGACUUUAUGCUGUUGGAGGGUACGAUGGCACCUCAGACCUGGCAACCGUGGAGUCCUACGACCCCAUCACUAACUCCUGGCAACCUGAGGUUUCCAUGGGCACAAGGCGGAGCUGUUUGGGUGUAGCGGUCCUGCAUGGCCUGCUGUAUGCUGCUGGAGGUUAUGAUGGAGCUUCCUGUCUCAAUAGUGCAGAGCGUUACGACCCUCUGACAAGUACAUGGACGUCGAUUGCUGCCAUGAGCACCCGUAGGAGAUACGUCCGGGUAGCAACUCUGGAUGGCAGCUUGUAUGCAGUGGGAGGUUAUGACAGCUCCUCACAUCUCGCAACAGUGGAGAAAUAUGACCCCCAGAGCAACACAUGGACAGCCAUUGCCAACAUGCUGAGUCGGCGUAGCAGUGCCGGGGUGGCCGUGCUGGACGGUAUGCUGUAUGUCGCAGGAGGCAACGAUGGCACCAGCUGCCUGAACUCUGUGGAGCGCUUCAACCCCAAGGCCAACACCUGGGAGGGUGUAGCCCCCAUGAACAUACGCAGGAGUACUCAUGACCUGGUGGCAAUGGAUGGCUGGUUAUACGCAGUGGGAGGUAACGACGGGAGCUCCAGUCUCAACUCCAUCGAGAAGUACAACCCGCGCAGCAACAAAUGGGUCGCGGCAUCCUGCAUGUUCACGCGGCGCAGCAGUGUGGGCGUGGCCGUGCUGGAGCUACUGAACUUCCCACCGCCUUCCUCACCCACCCUCUCGGUUUCCUCCACAAGCCUUUGACACGGGGUCACCGCUUGGCUGACCUCAGCCUCUGCUGCUACAACCCAGACUGGCUCUGGGAAGAGACGCAACUGCUCGGUUUGAGAGGAGGAGGAGGAGGAGGUAAAUGGAUGGAGAGGGGAGAAGAGAAAGAGGGAAGGUGUGGAAAAGGCUCCUGGCUUUGUUGAUAUCAGUACCUUCCAGAAUUAGUGGCACUCUUUGUAAAGCUUGGCCAACCAUGGUUUAAAAAAUAAAACAAAAGUCCUGAAAAAUCUAAAACAAAAACAAAAAAAGAAGUACCCUGUAAUCUCAAAAGUUCCACACAUAACUAUUCAUUUUUCAUUAAAAGGGAUUCCAGAUGAUUCCUUAAAGAUCCACUAACAUUUUCUUUCUUUUUAUUUGAUUUUCAAAAAAAACAAUCUGGCUGCUCUUUACCAGGUUUGCCAUAAGUUCUGGACUGCACUGUAUCUGGUCUGGAUGCCUGAGCCUCCACUGUACAGCUCCACCAUACAGAUACCAGCUCCCGAUCUCUGUAAGAGUACUGAGAUCUUCCCGGAUUUGUUGACAUUAACCGAUCUUUCCUCGAGCUCCACUUUUUUCUCCCACCACUCCAGUGUUUGACACACUCAUUGUGAAACAUGGUGGACACUUAAUUCUGUCAUGUGUGAUGUAAAUGUUUUUUUGGUUUUGAUGGGGUUUUUUUGUCCUCUGCAACAUUUUUUUCUGUUGAUGUCAGGAUUUUUUGCAAUAAUGUACAAAAAAGAGAAACUGAAUGAUUUUACUUUUGGAAUGUAGCUUUUGACUGGGUAUACCAUGCAUGUUUAUGUAUUGGCAUUGACUCCCAACAGGAGGAUAAAAUGUUGUAGUGCUGCUGUGCCACACUAGGUGGCAGUAACAGGCAAUGUUAUAAACCCUUCCCACACUGCAAGACAGCAUGGACACAGACCACAUAGAGAAGUUAGGCCCUCAGAACUGUAUAUGAGUUUAAUCCUUUUUUUUAUAUAAACAGAGAGAGUAAUUAAGUCAAACUAUAUGUAUUUAUAAAAAAUCUAAUAUAUUCUGUUUUAAAGAUGCUAAGAGAAGGAAACAGAUUAGACCUAUGCCUAUUUAAGAGUGUUUUUUAAUAUAUUUAUUUAGAUGUGUGACGUGCAUAUCGUAAAUGGAAAUGACAAAGAGAAUGUCUAAGAGUGAGAGAGGUCGUUGUUCAGUUUGUGUGCAUCUGGAGUUUCUCCUGGUUAAGAGGACUGAUUGUUGUAGCAGUUCAUUUACAUUUCUUAAUGUUUCUUCACUGCCACAAGCACGACGUCACAUGAACCUGUUCCUUAUGUCCGCUACAUUUGUGCAAAAUGCUUUGCAAAACUAUUGACCAGUCAAUGAAAGGACUCAAUUAUUUUUAUGUGGACGUAAAGGUGACAGUUUGAAAUGACAUUAAAGCAGCAAGUACUAGUUUACCUACUGUAUACCAACACUUGACACUAAUGAGUAAUGCUGUUGACACUUGGUGCUGUCAUAUUUCCUUCCAUGCAUAAUAAGUGUGGUGUCUUGUUAUAUUACCUCAUUGUUGAAAUGGAUCCAACUCUAUUGCAACAAAAUUGAACUAGAAACAACUGUAUAAUUAACUACAAAUAUAGUGAUGCAUGUGCAGAAGCACGUGUGGCGGGAACAUCAGCACUGAAGUUGCAUUGUCUAAAAUAAAUGGAUUUCUUUGAGUCUUCCUGACUCAGUUAGAACCCGAGUUCAGUUAAGUUUACAUGUAGCGCAGUGAUACUAUUCCAAACUUCUAAGAAGUUGCUUCUUUUUUUCCUUUUUUAUUUUAAGGAUUUUGUUGAUCCGGUUCUGCUUUAUCUAUAACUACCUUACUUUUCAUUUGUUAGAGCGGACCCAGUAGAAUAGGGGCUGUGAUGGUCUUAUCAGAUGCUGUUAGUCUGUAAAGUGGCUGUGAGUCAGGGCCAGACUUUAAGAGAAAGGACACACAAAACCACGUAAGACUUUGGCCUCCAUUCUGCUGAUCAAACUGUAAAUACAAAAAAAUUGCUUAUCUUAAAUCCAUUUGUGCAAUUUCAACGUGACUGUAGCUUUUUUUCUUUUUUAAAGUUUGUGUUCAAUGUGGUGAUACUUGUUUAUUUAUGAUAUGUUUGUUAUUUAUGAGAAACUUUAAAAUAUUGAAUUUUGCACUAUUGCGAAAUGGAGCAAUACACUGGGGAAAAAAAUGAAAUAAAGAUGUUUUCAGAUGUGA